CGGCAUCCGAUGCUGAACUACCGGAGCAGGAGAAGGCUUUUAUCCAGUUCCACGUCACCAUGCCAGAGGGACCAUCGCUCAGUGUCCUGCUGCAGGACCCUGAGGAGAGGAGAAAGCUGGGCAAAGCUCAUCUGAAAAAAGCCAUCAUGAAGCACGAGGAAGCCAUGAGGAUCCAUGGCUUGUGCAAGAUCCUGCGGAAGAUGGAUAUCCUCCAGGAGGUCCUCUCCUUCGCCCACAAACGUUCGCUGAGCAAAUAUUCGGAAAUCGACCACGAGGAGGACUUCUUUGAAACAGGAGAUGCCCCAGACAUUCACCCCAAAACGCACCAGAAACCAGAAAUAAAAUCCCCCAACUUCUCCCAGGUGAAGGUGACCGACCUUUUCCACAGGCUGGGUCCCCUCUCAGUUUUCUCAGCCAAAAACAAGUGGUACCCAGCACGGAGAGUCCAUCUGAUGAGAGGAGAGAAUGGCUUUGGGUUCACACUGCGAGGAGACUCCCCCGUCCUCAUCGCCGGUGUCAUCCCGGGGGGCUGCGCUGCUGAAGCUGGGCUGAAGGAGGGGGAUUACAUCAUCUCGGUGAACGGCAAGGACUGCAAGUGGUCCAAGCAUGCUGAGGUGGUGCAGCUGCUGAAGAGCACUGGGGAGGAGGGAGUGGAGAUCUGCGUGAUAACCCUUCAAGGCUUGGAGGGACCAAAAGCCGCAGACAAGAAGGCAACUGCAAUGUCCUCAGGCGGCGGGAUGCUGAAGAGCAACAAGGAGAACAGCCGAAAGAGCCUGAUGAACAGCAAGAGUGCCAGCACGCUGCUGGUCUGGAGCAAGAAGAGCAAGCGGAGCAAGAAGAGCACCUAUGGGGUCCCUUUCACUGCGGUGGGAGACAACGAGGCCAUGUACUGAAGUGGCCACCGGGCUAGUGUCCCCUGAGCUCCGGGGCUGGCUGCCCGUGAACCC